UUAAGUUUUGUAGAUGUAUUGUCCUUGUGCACUUACAGCAUUUGUAGUGGAUGUAGUUUAGGUUAAGACAGCAAAAAGCUUGCUUUUCUUGGAACCAUCCCCGUUUUAAGCCCAUUGUCUUGAAAUAAAUUUAAUGACUGCAAUUUUGUCCAGUACCUGGGUAUUGUCUGCUAACCAUUUUUUAGAACAGAGGAUUAAGAAUGGUUGACAUGAUACUUCUGUGGUCCUGAGUUUGAUUCCCUCAGCCUCCAUUGCUAAUUUUGUGAUUGUGAAGAAGUCACUUAACCAGGAUGUGCUUGCUGGCUCAGUCUGAAAAAAAGUCCAUGUGGAUCAGUGCUGUACCUGGGUUAACAAAUGCAGUUUCGAAUGAAGUUCCAGAACACCCCUGUGUGUCUCCCGUCUCCAACCAAGUAUUUGAGCGCAGAUUGAUUGAGAAGUAUAUUGCAGAGAAUGGUACAGACCCCAUUAAUGGACAGCCACUCUCAGAGGAGCAGCUUAUAGACAUUAAAGUUGCUCAUCCUAUCCGACCAAAGCCUCCUUCGGCAACUAGCAUCCCAGCUAUUUUGAAAGCUCUGCAGGAUGAGUGGGAUGCUGUGAUGCUUCACAGUUUUACACUACGUCAGCAGCUUCAGACAACCCGCCAGGAGUUGUCUCAUGCUCUGUAUCAGCAUGAUGCUGCUUGCCGUGUAAUUGCACGUCUGACAAAAGAAGUUACAGCUGCUCGAGAAGCUUUGGCAACAUUGAAGCCACAGGCUGGCUUGACCGUGCCACAGGCUAUUCCAGUUGCACAGCCUGCAGUAGCCGCAGCAGUGGGUGCUGGAGAACCUAUUGAGUUGGCGGAGGUGCUUGCAAUGACACCGGAGAUUAUUCAGAAGCUUCAAGACAAAGCUACAGUGCUCACCACAGAGAGAAAGAAGAGAGGAAAGACUGUGCCAGAGGAACUGGUAAAACCAGAAGAGCUUAUGAAAUACCAACAGGUGGCAUCUCAUGUGGGCUUGCACAGUGCUAGUAUUCCUGGAAUUCUUGCUCUUGACCUCUGCCCUUCCGAUACCAACAGGGUGCUCACAGGUGGAGCAGACAAAAAUGUCGUGGUGUUUGAUAAGGUCUCGGAACAGAUCCUGGCAACACUGAAAGGACAUACCAAGAAAGUUACCAGUGUCGUCUUCCACCCCGCACAGGAGUUGGUAUUUUCAGCUUCUCCAGACACUACAAUCCGGAUCUGGUCUGUACCUAGUACUUCUUGUGUGCAGGUGAUUCGUGCUCAUGAAGAUGCAGUGACAGGCCUGAGCCUUCAUGCAACUGGUGACUAUCUUCUCAGUUCGUCAGAGGAUCAGUACUGGGCAUUUUCUGAUAUCCAGACAGGACGAAUUUUGACAAAGGUUUCAGAUGAGACAUCAGGCUGUGCUUUGACCUGUGCUCAGUUUCAUCCUGAUGGUCUGAUUUUUGGCACUGGAACUGUGGACUCGCAGAUCAAAAUUUGGGAUCUGAAGGAAAGAACCAAUGUGGCCAAUUUCCCAGGCCAUUCUGGCCCUAUCACUAGCAUUGCCUUCUCUGAGAAUGGGUACUACCUAGCCACAGCAGCUGAUGAUUCGUCCGUUAAGUUGUGGGAUUUGCGAAAACUAAAGAACUUCAAGACACUACAGCUGGAAGACAAUUAUGAAGUGAAGUCGCUAAUGUUUGAUCAGAGUGGUACUUACUUGGCAGUGGCUGGUACAGAUAUCCAGGUUUACAUUUGCAAGCAGUGGACAGAGGUUUUGCAUUUCACAGAGCAUGGUGGUUUGACGACAGGGGUAGCCUUUGGGCAACAUGCCAAGUUUUUGGCUUCAACAGGAAUGGACCGAAGUCUGAAGUUCUACAGUCUGUAGAAGUGUUUAAGAUCUUCCUUUACCAUGGCCUUCUGUUUAACCAUGCCCAAAGCAAAUGUGAGUUCAAGGAGAGUAUAAACUUGGGUCCAGCUCCUCUUCCUUGUGUCAAGCUGAGAGUGAAAACUGUUUCUUAAGCCAUUUUUUUAGUUAUGUGGAAGACUGCCAUUUUAAAAGGUUCAGUUUGUUGGCAACACAGAAGCUGUUUGCUUUAACCUUUCACUAAGAAGUCCUCUCAAAGUUGUUCGUGGGAAGACAUGAUAACUGUUAAAGGGAUGUGACUGGUAUCAUUUUUGUAUCAGGACUUUGAUUCAAAAACGUGUCAUCCUUACUUUUUCUUGUAACAGAAGACUGGCUGAGCAGGCUAAAGUUGGUCCAACUUUCAUCUCACCUCCUCAGUUGUGACUUUUUUAAUUGAACAUUAUACCAGUGGAAAAUAUUUCCAAUGUGCUUUUGAACAUUUUAAUUCCUUGCAAGGUAGAGAAAAUUAACAUUUUCUUUAAUUUCAUGGCAUUUUAAAUGAGUUUUUUUCCAUGAGGCAGUGUGUGAAAGCUGCAUUAUGUUUUUUUCUUAUAUAUAUUUUUUCGACUUAAUCUGGUCUUGUACAUUGUGGACAGCUGACCCAGAACGUGCACCACAAGUUUUCCAGGUACCCAUAUUCUAAUGUUUGUUUUAACACAUUUGCAUAGGCUUUUAGCCAGCUGUUUGUCAGGCAGCCUCACAUCUGGUUCUUUAAAGUGUUUUUUUUUUCUUUCUUUUUCCAAUAAAACAACAAUAAAACAAUGGAAAUG